UACGGAGGCUAGUUCUCCAGUCGUGGCUCCCUCCUUGAAAACGAUGGGAGGGAGCAACAGCGCCGCAGAGUCAUUGUGGUGGGAGAAACAAAACGAAUUAAGAGCGAAGAAAAUGCCAAAGAGGAGCCCUGGCAACGGGACCAGCGGCUAUCCGAUUCCCUCUCGUCUAAUGAGAUAAUCAAUCGAUCGGCUUCUUCAAACUCGAAUCCUCACCCUCUCCAAUACCAGGUAAAACUGUGGUUCCAGAGUCUCGGAUCGUUGUCACAGUUCUUCAUAAUCCGGUCAAUCUUGCUCGCAUCGGGUUAUCAGCGUCCGGCUUCACCACGCAUUGCUUCUUCUUCGCGUUUGGUGGUGAUUGGGACCUAGGGUUUUGGUGGGUUGGAGGAAUGGGAGAGCAGAGGAACCGAUGGAGCUGGGACUUGCCGCUGUUUGAACCGAGGAGUUCGUUGGAGCGGGAGGAACAGAGGCAGCAGAGCUCGGUUCGGAAGUUAUCGCUUUCGCCGUCGACACUGUCGCCGCGGGUUGGGUUUGGGAGGCAAAACGUCAAUGAGAAGUUUCGCCGGCUCAAGGACCAAGUGAAGCGUGCAAAGCAAGACUAUUUGAACUUGAGACAAGAAGCCAGUGAUCUCAGAGAGUAUUCAAAUGCCAAGCUUGAUCGAGUUACUCGCUAUCUUGGAGUUCUUGCUGAUAGAACUCGGAAACUAGGUCAGGCGGCUCUUGAAGCUGAGACAAGAAUUGCACCUUUGCUUGCUGAGAAGAAAAGUUUAUUUAAUGAAUUAUUGACAAAUAAAGGGAACAUAAAGGUAUUUUGUCGUGUAAGACCCCCUUUUGAAGACGAAGGUCCCUCUGUGGUUGAGUUUCCGGAUGAAUUAACUGUUCGUGUUGAUACUGGUGAUGAUUCUUUUUCCAAUUCUAAGAAGGAUUAUGAGUUUGAUAGAGUUUAUGGGCCCCAUAUCGGACAAGGUGAAUUCUUUCAUGAUGUUCGACCUUUCAUACGGUCAGCAAUUGAUGGAUAUAAUGUUUCCAUAUUUGCGUAUGGACAAAGUAAUUCUGGAAAAACACACACAAUGGAAGGUGCAAGCCAAGAACGUGGUUUAUACCAAAGGAGUUUUGAGGAAUUAUUUGAUUUAUCAAAUUUGGAUACGACAUCAACAUGCCAAUAUAAAUUUCAUGUCACCGCCUUUGACCUCUACAAUGAGCAGGUUCGAGAUUUAUUGGUAGAUUGUAAAAGCAGCACUUCAACAGGAGUUCGCAUUGGUCUCCAAGAUUCUGUUGUGGAUCUUGUGCAGGAAAAUGCUAAUAAUCCUAUAGAAUUUUCACAAAUUCUAAAAGCAGCACUCAUGAAUCGAGGUGCAGACUCCUUGAAGGCCAGUGUAUCACACUUGGUUGUAACCAUCCAUAUAUCCUAUACUAAUUUGGUCACAAGGGAAAAUGUCUACAGCAAACUUUCUCUUGUAGACUUGCCUGGCAGUGAAUGUUUUCUUAUUGAUGAUGCCAAGGGAGAUCAGGUCACAGAUCUUCUACAUGUGUCAAAAUCACUUUCUGCAUUGGGGGAUGUUUUAUCAUCCUUGACCUUAAAGAAAGAACCCGUACCAUAUGAGAAUUCAAGGCUUACCAAAAUGCUUGCUGACUCUAUAGGGGGUUGCUCAAAAACCUUGUUAAUCACUCAUAUUUGUCCUAGUUCUUCAAACCUGGCAGAAACACUGCAUGCCCUUAACUUUUCUGCAAGGGCAAGAAACGCAGAGCUAAGUCUUGGAAAUCGAGAUACAAUCAAGAAAUGGAAAGAUGCGGCAAAUGACUCACGCAAGGAGAUAUACGAGAAAGAAAAGGAGGUUCAGCUCCUAAAACAGGAAAUUUUUGGACUAAAGUCCGCUCUUAAAGAUUCCAAUGAUCAGUGCAUUUUACUAUUUAAUGAAGUUCAGAAAGCCUGGAAGGUUUCAUUCACGUUGCAAGCUGAUGUCAAGUCUGAAAACACUGUUCUUGCUGAUAAGCUCAAAAUUGAGAAAGAACAAAGCUCUCAACUGAGGAAUCAAGUUGCUAGUCUUUUACAAGUAGAUCAUGAGCAGAAAGUGCAGAUACACCAACAAAGUUUGACCAUACAAAAUCUGCAGGCUAAAAUUAAGGGCAUUGAGUUACAACUCGGGGAUGCCCUUGGUUCAAGUGAUUUGAGAUCAGAGAAUAGUUCUGCUGGUGCUUUUUCCUCUCCAAACGGGGUUCAGGACAGCGUUAAUUCAGCAAGUAUUACCAAAAAACUUGAAGAAGAACUCUCUAAGCGUGAUGCACUUAUUGAGAAGUUACAUCAGGAGAAUGAGAAAUUGUUCGAUAGAUUAUCAGAGAAGUCAUCCUUUGGAGGAUCUCCACAGGUGUCAAGCCCUUCUUUCAUAAGGAUGCCUUCCUCUCAAGCAGAAGACAAGAACAGGAGUGAAAGUGCUAACUCGCAUUCCGUAGAUGUUCUUCCAUUGCCAUCCCAGGACAGCACAGAGAUGAUGGGAGCUAUUGUGAAAACCGAUAAACCAAAAACACCUGCUGGAGAGUACCUUACUGCUGCUUUGAUGGACUUUGAUCCUGAUCAAUUUGAAAGCUUUGCAACGGUUGCCGAUGGUGCAAACAAACUUCUGAUGCUGGUCUUAGCUGCAGUAAUCAAAGCUGGUGCUGCUAGGGAGCAUGAAAUAUUAGCUGAAAUAAGAGAUGCUGUUUUUGCUUUCAUUCGUAAAAUGGAACCAAAGAGAGUAAUGGACACUGUGCUAGUUUCCCGGGUUAGAAUUUUGUAUAUACGAUCCUUGCUCUCCAGAUCACCAGAGCUUCAAUCCAUGAAGGUAUCUCCAGUUGAGCGUUUUUUGGAGAAAGCUAAUACUGUGCGAAGUCGAAGCUCUAGCCGAGGUAGUAGUCCUGGCAAAUCUGCUGCCUAUUAUGAUUCAGGUGGGAGGAGUGCUUUAAUUGAGGAGCAUAUCCAAGGGUUUAAGGUUAAUAUACGGCAAGAAAAGAAGUCCAAACUCUCAUCAAUAGUGUUAAAACUUCGGGGCAUUGAUGAGGAAACUUGGAGGCAGCAUGUUACAGGUGGAAAGCUUCGUGAGAUAACUGAGGAAGCUAAAGCUUUUGCACUAGGGAACAAGGCUCUUGCUGCUCUUUUUGUUCACACUCCUGCUGGUGAGCUACAGCGGCAAAUUCGAUCCUGGCUUGCAGAGAAUUUUGAAUUUCUUUCAGUUUCUGGCGGUGAUGCCCUAGGAGGAACAUCCGGGGAGAUAGAGCUUCUGUCUACAGCAAUUAUGGAUGGAUGGAUGGCCGGUUUAGGUUCCGCUCAGCUUCCUCAUACAGAUGCUUUAGGGCUGCUGCUAUCAGAAUAUACCAAGCGAGUUUAUACAUCUCAAUUGCAGCACCUAAAGGAUAUAGCAGGUACCUUGGCAAUGGAAGAGGCUGAAAACCAGCCUCACGUGAAUAAGUUGCGCUCAGCUUUGGAAUCUGUUGACCACAAAAGAAGAAAGAUUUUGCAACAAAUGAGGAGUGACACAGCCUUACUAUCAAAAGAAGAAGGUGGUUCUCCUAUCCGCAAUCCUUCCACUGCAGCUGAAGAUGCACGCCUUGCUUCCCUUAUAGCCCUAGAUGAAAUUCUAAAGCAAGUCGGGGAGAUAAUGAGACAAGCCUCAGCAAGUUACUUAACUAAGACGAAGAAGGAUGCACUUUUAGCAUCUCUGGAUGAGCUUUUAGGGCGCAUGCCAUCCCUCCUUGACAUUGACCACCCAUGUGCAAAGAGAAAGAUUUUUGAUGCUCGAAGAGAAAUAGAGUCGAUGCCCGAAGACGCGCAUCCCCAUAAUGAAUCAAGGUCUCUCCAACCAUUCGCCGGUUCAACCGCCCCUGCAGACACCGAUGUAACUCAAUGGAACGUACUGCAGUUUAACACUGGUUCAACAUCACCAUUUAUCAUCAAAUGUGGGGCCAACUCCAACUCCGAGCUGGUCAUCAAAGCCGAUUCUAAGAUCCGAGAACCCAAAGGGAACGAGAUCAUAAGAGUCUUACCCCGCCCUUCCAUUCUUUCUAAUAUGAACUACGAGGAGAUCAAACAAACUUUUGAUCAGCUGCCGGAGGCAGUGAGCUUUCUGGCCCUCGCAAGGACGGCCGACGGAACUCGAGCUAGGUACUCCAGAUUGUUCAGAACUCUAGCCAUGAAAGUCCCUUCCCUCAAAGAAUUAGCAGAGUCAUAAAGCUUGAAAAGGUUAGGCUUAAUAUUAUAUUGCAGUACACUAUAUUUAUAGCUUUUAUGUUUCUGUUUAAAACUGGAUGCUGGACAAGUUUAAUUUAAUAUGUUGUAUUGUCAGAUUGUAAUAUUUAAUUUCUUUUUGUUGUGCAAAAUAA